UAAAAAAACAAGCCAACCAAAGGCAGCGAAAAGCAGCAAUAGCAACGAGUGAGCUAAAGUGACAAACAAGAAUAUGUGUAAAAAAUAAAAAAAAUCAAUGAUUGUUUAUGUGCGCAAUAUGCAGCUUGAGUGCUAAAAGACCUUGAGACACGGGUGUGCACAGUUAGUUAGGGCUGCUGUCUGCUAGAUUUUCAAGCGUCUAUUUACAUUGCUACCCCACCUGGAGCAGACAGCACAGCCGUUGCGCCGCCGCCUAAAUGAUUAGUACGAGCAGUAUGAGGUCACAGGAGCCGCAGGGUCAGCAGGCAGCCGGGCUGUCGCGGCCCAAAAACAAUGCGUCCAGUAGUCAACUGACCCAGGAGGAGAACGAAGCCGUAUUCCGGCUGUUGGGUAGAAAGUGUCAGACGUUGAACACUGCCGUUGUGCAGAUCUACAAGACGGAGGGCAAUGCUCACUCACACUGGAAGAAGAGGCAUACGGGCGUCAUUUGCUUCGUCAAGGAUAGCGCCAUACGCUCCUACUUUUUGCGCGCCUACUGCCUGAUUAAAAAUGAACUGAUUUGGGAGCAUGAGAUAUACGAUGGCAUGCAGGUUGUCAAAUCACGUCCCUUUUUGCUCACCUUCGAGGGCAGCGAUGGCAAUGUGGGCUUAAACUUCAUCUCGGAGGAUGAGUGUGAUUCGUUCUUUCGCACCAUAGACACCACAAUAGAGACGCGGAAUCGGAAACGGCAGGAGAAGCGGAACAGGCAAAAGCCGCAGCAGGCGCCACAUGCUCCAAUGCCAUCCUCCAUCCAGACAGCUCGUCAGCCUUCCAUGCAGGGCAGAAGCCCAAUGCAGACGACGGCGUCGACUACAGUGGACAGCGGUCCCGUGCAGCUGCGCAACAAUAAGAUCAGCUCGGUGACGCUGACCGCGGCGCCGGCACCAGCGCAUGCGCCAACCAAAAACUUUUUGUCGAGCAAUUUUGGACUGAGUGGGUCGGGAGGCAAGGAUAAGAAGCGUCGCGUGACCAAAGCGGAUAUUAGUCAGCCGACAAACUUUGUGCACAUCAGCCACGUUGGCUGGGAUGCGGACAAGGGUUUCGAUCUGACAGGCCAUGAGAGCGACGAGAUGUUGGUCAAGUUCUUUGCCAAGGCGGGCGUCUCCGAAUCCCAACUGAACGACCGAGAUACGCGCGCGUUCAUCUACGAUUUCAUUCAGAGCAAUAAUGUGCUGGCCUCGGUCAAACAGGAGGAGACUGAAUCGCCUACAGAACCAACGCCCACAGAGCCGCCACCGGUGCCCAGUCGUCAUCAUCCUCAUCAUUCGCAGAAUGGUAACCAAAGAUCAGCGCCGCCUCCGCCACCGGCGCGGCAGCCGCCACCGCCGUUACCAACGACGGUUCCAGGUGCAUCACGUGCACCGCCGCCGCCCAGCAGACCGCCACCCAUUACAACGGCUCCUCCGCCACCACCACCACCAGCAACGGUCUGCCCACCCGCAGCAGCACCGCCACCACCACCACCCCCAGCACCUCCAGUGGCUGCGCCACCGCCGCCUCCGCCACCACCACCCAUGGCUCCACCGGAAAUGCCGAUUAUUGCUUCUACGCAGACAUCGGCACAGGCCGGAAAAGUGGCGCCACCUGCUCCUGAAACAGACAACCGCAAUGCGCUUAUGGAUGCCAUACGCAAGGGUACAGCGCUUAAGACAGUGAAGCCAAAUGCUCCAGCCGCCAACACCAGCGAUCCACGCAACGACCUUUUGGGUCAAAUACGUGAGGGUUACGCCUUGAAGCCGGUGACUGAACGUAAGAUUCCUGAUCAGCGGAUUAGUGACGGUAGCUCCGGUGGCACCGAUGCCCUGGCCGAUGCGUUACGUCGUGCACUGGCGGCACGUGGCACUGUCAUGCAUUCAGACGAUGAGGAGGAUAAUACCUCCUCAGAUAACGAUUGGUCCGAUUAGAUUGAUGACGGUUGAUGGCAAACAAUUUAUUCCAAAUAUAAGCAAUAAUUUAAUUUGUGCUUCGGCAUUUUGAUUCAUCGAUGGAUGAAUCACUGUAAAUACUGUUUAGUGAAUUUUUCAUACCUCCUUAAUUUAAUUUUUUUUUAAACUGUUAAAACAAAAACCAAGUUUUAAACGAAGAGAGAAAAAACACGAAAAUAUUUAUGAUCGCAUAUGAAAGCAUUUUUAACAUUCUUUUCAAAUUCACAUAUGCAUAUCUUUACCUUCAAUUGCUCAAAGAUAACGAAUUCAUAAUCAAAAAAAAAAAAAAAAAAAUAAUAAUAAUAAUAAAAUAAAUAAAGAAAACAACAAUAUUUAUGUACAUACAUAUGAAUAUGUAUCCACAGCAAUAAGUCUAAAAUAUAUGUAUAUCUGUAUAUGCUUAACUUGUUCAGAAAUGUGCCAAAAAUGAAGAAACUAUAAAAAUUCCCCUGUUAAAAAAAAACACACAACAACAACAACUACUUAGAAAAGUCUGUAAAUAAGACCUAAGAUAUAUUUUGUGAAACUUUGUCUAAAUUAACAAAUUCAUCGAGUCCCAAUUAGAUUUAUAUGGGGAUAAUUUUACCGAUGCAUGAUCCUAGGAAAAGUAUGACGACUGAGGUUUUUUCUAUAUCCGAUAAUAUAAUUGUGAAUGUUAAUGUGAAUGUAUGUAUAUGUAUGUUUUGACAAAUUUAAAACCCAAACUAAUUAAUAUAUUAAUGAUUGAACAUAACCUUAGCAAUUGCGCCCCAUUACUGACUAAUCGAAAUUUGCAAAUCAAUUAAUAAUAAUAUUAGAGUUUUCGCUCAAAAUUUAAAAUAAUAAUUAGCUAAAUUGUUUAAAUUAGUAAUAAAAAUAUACUAAUGGUAUAUCGUUGAAAUAUACCUUAUAUAACCAGA